AUGGCAGCUUUUAUGAUGGGUGCCGUGGAAAAGGGCGAGGAGCUCUCCUGUGAGGAGCGGAACCUGCUCUCCGUGGACUACAAGAACGUGGUGGGCGGCCAGAGAGAGGCCUGGAGGGUCCUGUCCAGCAUCGAGCAGAAGGACAAUGAGGAGGGGUCUGAAGAGAAGGGCCCCGAGGUGAAAGAGUUCCGGGAGAAGGUAGAGACCGUGCUAGGCCUGCUGGACUCCCACCUCAUCAAAGGGGCUAGAGAAGCAGAGAGCCGCAUCUUCUACCUGAAGAUGAAGGGUGACUACUACCGCUACCUAGCCGAGGUGGCCACUGGUGAUGACAAGAAGCGCAUCAUUGACUCUGCCCGGUCAGCCUACCAGGAGGCCAUGGACAUCAGCAAGAAGGAGAUGCCGCCCACCAGCCCCAUACGCCUGAGCCUUGCCCUGAACUUUUCCGUCUUCCACUACGAGAUAGCCAACAGAUCCGAGGAGGCCAUCUCACUGGCCAAGACCACCUUCGACAAGGCCAUGGCCGAUCUGCACACCCUCAGUGAGGACUCCUACAAGGACAGCACCCUCAUCAUGCAGCUGAAGACAACCUGACGCUGUGGACAGCCGACAAUGCUGGGGAAGAGGGUGGUGA